CUUUGCCUGCAUGGCCAAGCAUAUGGCAUAUCGUUUUAACCAGAGUGAACAAGACACCUUGCUAAAAACCAUUCAUCAUACUCUCGAUGCUCGUUCGACAUGUUGUUUAGGUAACAAGAGGCGGGAAAAUGAAAAUGGGAAUGCUCAGUGGUGUCCGGAAUGUGUUUUGUACAGGGAAUCUUUGUACGUGUCUUUGAACUUCAGCUUCCUCCACGAAGGGACAGGAACAUUUUUCCAUUUCCUUUGUAUCUAUGAAGUUAUUGCCCUUUCUAGUCUCAUUUGACUUUUACUCUGCGUUUCUUCCUCACUUCUUAUGAACCAUGUCACUGUUUGACAAAGUUAUUCCAAGCACUAUCCUAAAUAUUAUUUUAUUUCUUGUUGAAAUAGGUUAUUUGUAAAUAGUAGGAGGGAAGUUUAAAAAACCAAGUGACUCUUUACGUGGCAUGGUCUCCACAUAUUUGGUUUUUUCAUCUAAAGUACUGAAAACUGAGAGAAAAGUGCUCCGAGAAGAAAAGGCAACAAGUGCAGUCGCACUUGAUGCAACUUUUUUUAAGGGUUUGGUAGAACCCUUGGUUGAUAAAGAGAAGAAGUUGGAUUGGUAUCCUUUACUAUUUUCCUUGUUGUUGUUGUGACCGACAAACAAACAGUCAAUCGUUCAUUUAUUUAUAUUUGUACUCUAAAAUAAACAGAAGAUUGUUCAUCAAAAAGACUUGGUGGAUGUUUCAGGGCCAUGCCUCUUGUUAGGACUCUGACUUGUGUAUUUUGGGUAGUCCUAAAGUUUGUGACUGGCUUUGACUUCAAGUCAGUUGACAAGCCAUUCUGCUGCGACAAAGAUCAGGUUUUUAACCUCAGUUGUCUCAAAUUGCUUUAACCGUGAAUGAGU